CAGUUCCGUACAUAAAGUACAAAAGUACAAGCAAAAGGCAAUAACCUGGACUGGAUCACCGAACCAGAGACGGGCUGCUCUUUAGCUGAGUCCCGAUCAUUUCUCGAUGCUCGACGCUCCUGUAAGCAGAACCGGUGACCAGCCUCAGCGUCUGCUUGAAGGGCCAGGUGUUCAGCUGCCAUGAUGCUGAACUACAAACUGUGUCUGCUUGUUCUUGCAAUGGCUGCUUACUGUUUAGGAUCUGAAAUUAAAAGGAGUGUUAUGUGUGAAGGGUCUCCCAUUUCAUUGUUCUGUGCACACAGUGUCAUCAAGAUCUAUGAUGCCAAGUACAGGUACACGGAUUCCUUUUUUUGUGGUCAUGUUCAACCACUUCCCAACAUGUCCAAUGUAACCUGCUCGCUGCCUGAAGCCUACAAAAUUAUAUCUGAGAGAUGUGAUGGUGAAGCACUCUGUGACUUGCUCUCGACUUCUGUAUUUCCUGACUCAUGCAAGGGCACCUUUAAAUACUUGGAUAUUGCAUACAGCUGUCUAGAGAAAUAUACUGCAGUUACUCCUGAAGGCUUUGUUCAACGUCUCAGCUGUGAAGAGGGUGUGAUAAGCAUCCACAAGGCAAACUACAGACACACUGCCUUUUUAUCCAGUGAAGGUGAACCCCAUCAACAGGUGGAUGAUCCAGAGUGUCUCCAGUCUGAAGCAUUAUCAGUCCUCUCCCAAAAGUGCAAUGGAAAGAGGGUAUGUGAGCUGAGUGUAAGUCCAGCUUUCCUGUCUGAUCCCUGUGCUGAUGGCAUCAAAUACCUGAACACUUCAUACACCUGCCUCCCUGUUAAGGGCAGCGUAAGCUGUGAACACUCCGUCAGUGAACUCAACUGCGGAACAGACGUUAUAAAAGUCUUCUAUGCUACUUAUGGACGCAGGGAUGGAACAACUUGUUCUGCUGGACAUGACCCACACAAAGUGGCUAAUGUGAAUUGUUUCCUUAAUUGUACUCAGAUGUUGUCUAUCAGAUGUGAUGGCAAGACUCGAUGUUCUGUCUCAGCCACAAACUCUGCCUUCCCUGAUCCAUGUGUCGGCACCAAAAAGUACCUUGAGGUGUUUUACGGCUGUUUCCCUGCCAGGAGAAGUAUAACAUGUGAAGGUUCCAUCAGUUACCUUGGCUGCGGGAAGGACCUCAUAAUGGUCUAUGACGCAAACUACGGUCGGAGUAACUCCACUGUCUGCAGUGCUGGCCGUCCUGACAGUCAGACAACUACCACUAACUGCUUCCUGCCUGGUGCCUUUAAAGUGAUGUCUGAAAAGUGUAAUGACAGAAGCAAGUGCGAAGUGAUGGCCUCAAACAGCGUCUUUACGGAUCCAUGUUAUGGCACGUACAAAUACCUGGAAGUGUCAUAUGGCUGCCUCCCUGCAAUUGCUUGACUCUGAAGACAUCCUUCCGUGCCUGCACCACCACAACUCUGUUUUUCACUUGCUGUCCAUUUUAGGUGAAAAGUAACUUGAAUGGAAUCACAAGCAAAAUGUUCUGCAAAUCAAACACAGCUGUGGAGUGGGCAUUUUUAAACAGUUUGAACAAACGAAACUCGAAAAUAGCUAUCCCAUCACAAAUACAGCUUCUUCUAAACUGCGUAUAUCCAAAUGGCUCUCUUAGAACAUAUAAGGUUUCCUCCAAAAGGAAUGUGGUUAAUGCUUGUUACAGGAAAUGUCAUGGAAAAGUCUCAUGGAUGUGGCCUAGACUGAUCUUCUGCAUAUUAAAGAUUAUUGGGGGUGGAUCUAU